GGCGAGUAGUGGAGACCGAUCCGUCAGUCGACUUACGCGAUUCCGCGCUGGUGGGUCCGUCGCGUUAUCAUCUCCGCUACCUGUUGUUGCCGCUGCAUCCCGUGUGACCCGACUGGUUUCUCUUUCCUCUGCGAUCGCGUAACGCGAACGUCCGGUCGAAAAAAAAACCGAGGCCGACAAGAUGGCCGCGCGCUGAGGAAGCCGUCCGAGUGUCUUGGGGCCCUUCUUCGCGGCCGAGGCCCGCUCCUCGUGACAUUCGCGAGGCGUUUGUUCCCGACGAUGAUGUCGACGUCUCGGGCAGGAUCCCCCGCGGAAGAAGCGUGAAGGACCACGAUCGGCCUCGCCGGAGCGAGCAAUCAGCGACUGGACGCUCAUGCCGGGCUCGGACGGAAGGAUUCAUCUCAGGAGCGCGAGAGGAAAUAUCGCCGGUGAACGCGGAAGCAUCGUCGUGACGUCGUGAAGAAUCCCUCUCUCACCCCCUCCCUUUUGCCGCGUAAACAGAGACUAUUUUCCCUCCUCGAGAGCACCUCGAUAUAAGGAUGACCCGGAGAACGAAAGGGAACUCGACGCUGUUCGCGUCGUGCCUGACGUCGUUGUUGCUGAUGCUGAUGGCGACGUUCUGGCAAACCGCGCGAGCCCACGUGGCACUGACGUUCCCGCCAGCCAGGCAGUACGACCUAGACUUCCUGGAUAACGCCAGGACGCCGGCACCGUGCGGGAUGCCGCGUGGUCACAUCAAGACAUCAUUAUUGGCAGGAAGCAAUUUCAACGUCACGUGGCACCUCGCCUAUCCCCAUAGGGGAGGCUUUCGGCUUCAGAUCUUAGAUUUCUACGAUAGACCUCUGAUCGACCUGACGCCUAUCACACGAAACAGCGAAUUCGUCGAGGACGAUGUUACGGCACAGAGCUAUGCCGUGCACCUGCCGCAAGAUUUCAGCUGCACCGACUGCACCAUCAGACUGCUGCGAGAGGCCGAAGAAUGGGGCUCCAGCUACAGAUUUUGGUCGUGCGCCGACAUUGAUAUUCGUCAGAAGAAGGAUUAUCGAGAGGAUUGUAGCGGUCAUGGACAUUACCUGAGCCAGAGGUGCAGAUGCGAGCGUCUUUAUCACGGCCCGAGGUGCCAAUUCAAGGAGGAAUGCCUGGACGAUUCGGACUGCGGUAUUCAGGGCACGUGCAUCGACAAUGGUGGCACGACCGCGCCUACCAAGCACUGCUACUGCAACACCGGCUGGUUCGGUCCGGGUUGCGCGAAGAGAUCGCCGGUGAAAACCAUCGACGUAGACUUGGACUCGUACACAAUGAAGCGAUUUUCCGAUGACGUCGUAUUUUACUGGAGAAUCUUGAAGGAAAGCAAAGAGCUCGAGGGCGUCCUCAUGGCCAAUUCCACGACGUGGAUCGCCAUCGGAUGGAGGCCCGACAAUUUGGGACCGUCCUGCCGAUCCUUCCCAAUGAUCAGGGAUAUACCCGAGCCACUUCCGCAGCCGGAGCCAAAGCUGGAGCCGAUCGCCGAAACGGAACCGAAAUCGGAACUAGAGCCGGAACCCGUAGCGGAACCGAAACCGGAACCGGAACCGGAACCAGAGCCCAGCAUAGAAGGCGAGAAAUCGAUUGCGAAGAGACGAUCGGCUAAGGCGGACGUUGCGACAUUCGUAACGUCACGACCGGAUGUACAGACCAGUGUGACUUAUCAAGUCAGCACAAAGCUGGGUCGUAAAAGAAGAUCUCCAGAACCAGUCACUGUAUCUUCAAACGGAGAACCAAUCGCCAAGUCCAGCAUUGUCAUCGGGCAAGAACCGAAAUCCGAGCCAGAACCUACCUCUGAGCCAGAACCAAAAUCCGAGCCUGAACCCAGCUCUGAGCCAGAACCGAAAUCCGAACCGGAACCUAGCUCUGAACCAGAACCAAAAUCCGAACCGGGACCUAGCUCUGAACCAAAAUCUGAGCCAGAACCGAAAUCCGAACCGGAACCUAGUUCCGAACCAGAACCAAAAUCUGAGCCAGAACCCAGUUCUGAACCAGAGCCGAAAUCUGAACCAGAACCGAAAUCCGAGCCAGAACCGAAAUCCGAGCCAGAACCGAAAUCCGAGCCAGAACCGAAAUCCGAGCCAGAACCGAAAUCUGAGCCAGAGCCAAAAUCCGAGCCGGAACCAAAAUCCGAACCAGAACCGCGAUCCAAGCCAGAACCCAGCUCCGAGCCAGAGCCAAAAUCCGAGCCAGAACCGAAAUCUGAGCCAGAGCCAAAAUCCGAGCCGGAACCUAAAUCUGAACCAGAGCCAAAAUCCGAGCCGGAACCUAAAUCUGAACCAGAACCUAAAUCUGAACCGGAACCCAACUCGAAGCCGGAGUCAAAGUCGGGAGCGACGAAAGCAUCGCUACCGGCACCAGGACACAAGUACACACCCAAGCACGACUUCAAUCCGAUGGACUGCACGGACAUUAUAAUCGGCAUGGCAAGAGAGACGAAUUAUAGGAUCGGCGAUUAUUACACGAGGGAUCGAUCGACACCUCGCAAGGACGAAUAUUGGGGCGGAAGGGACAGUUUGACGGCCGCGUUCGGUUACGAGCGCGAUGGAGUCACGACGAUGGUCUUCCGCAGGAAAUUGGCCGCCGCGGAGCCGACCGAUCAUGAGAUUCGCGACGGCAAUAUGCAAGUGAUUUGGGCGAAAGGUCAAGAGCCGGGCAAAUACGUGCAUCAACCGGCUAGCGGUAUCGAAAAGGCCAAGGCCAGCGUCAAAGACUUCUACAAGGUCGACGAGCUUAAAUAUCACGGCCAUGGAAUGCAGAGAGGCGCGGUGACGAUGAAUUUCUUUGACGAAGCUAAAAAACCGGAAUUCGCCGGCGGGGUAACAUUACAAGACGGUCGCUGCGGUGGUCAAUGGCGUUAUCCGAGAAAUUGUUCGCCGGAGAAUGGCACUUGCGAAUACGCUAUACAAUGGACGUACAGGGGUAAAAAGGAUUUGAUAACCUUCGUAAUUUCCACGACGAAUACCAAUACAUGGACCGGAGUUGGAUUUUCCGAUGACAGCAAAAUGUCGCAAACCGAUGCUGUGCUUGGCUGGGUCGACAAGACGAACGGUCGGGCUUUCUUGAUGGACACUUGGAUCAGUGGUUACAACGCGCCGUUGCUAGAUCCAUCGCAAGACGUUUAUAACAUCAGCGGUCGUAUCGAGAAUGGCGUAACUACUCUUGAAUUCUCGAGAAAGCGUGUUACGAAGGACAGCAAGGAUCUUUCGUUCACGGACGAUCACUGUCUAUACAUGAUGUUCCCGGUAAAAGGUGGCUCAUUCAAUCCGAUCAAUAAGAAGAUCCGGAAACAUGACGCAAAUCCAGUCGUUUCGUCGGAUAGAAUAUGCAUCAAGUCAUGCGGCUUAGAAGAGAUUGAAGAACAAACCACGCCCGCGCCACCGAGAUUGCAUUACGAUAUUGAAGUCAAACUCGUUAAUCUGGGCGACGGAUUUAAAACUCCCACACCCGGUAGUCCCGACUUCGAAGUGAUCUCUAACAGGAUAUCAGACAGCUUCGGACCAGUCUUUGAGAAACUGCCAGGCUAUUAUCAAGUUCGACUUGACGAAUUACGAAAAGACAACGAACAGGGGGUGAUUGCCCGCAUGAAUCUGAUUCUUGACAAGAACGAAGCUAAGGGCAGAUCCUUGAAAGCUGCUGACACCGGGAUAGAAGCGGAAAAAGCGUUACGCGAAGCGCUGGUGACUGGCAAAGUCGGAGCACUCAGCGUCGAUCCGCAGUACUUAGUAAUCAGAGCACCCCGAGUGAACGAUAUUGAGGCGGAAGAUGAAGAUGAUCGCUCAACCUCAGAUAUAUUUCUGGGCACGACGAAGCUCUAUAUCAUCGUCGGUUGUGUAGCAGCGUUGCUGGCCCUUGCAUUGUUGCAGGCUAGUUGCACUCUCUAUAGAAGCUCGAAAAGACGAACAACUAAGGAACGUUUAAUCGCUAAUGCCUGGAAGGACUAUGCUUCCGGCGCCAACACAAACUUUGCAUUCGAAGCAUUUGAGACGGAGGAGAAGGCGCCACCGCCGCCGGUUUCCAGCUUGCCGAGGUCCAGAGAGAUGAUGACCAGCAACGGUAUGACUGUCAUGAACGGUACCGAUACCGUCGAGGGACCAAAUAGAAUGGUCGGGCCUAGAGCAACCUACAGUUUACCUCGCGCGCCCGGUGCCAGACACUCUGCGCCCAUCCAACCCGGGUACUACACGCAAGAUCGCAGGGAUCAUUACGGGCGUGCCAGGAGCGUGCACAAUCCAGCGGGUCCUCAAACAAACCAGCCAGACUUUUACUUUAUGCCCAGUCAGCGAAAGUACAGCGGCGAGGUCGUGCGCGUUUAUGUAGAUUACGGCAGCCAGAAGUAACGAGGGGAUUUAGACCGUGAAUCGCGCGAUAGAACGAUUUAACCGAGAAGCCUCACCGAAGCGACUUGUGUAUAUCUGAUAUAUAUAUAUAUCUGAAUUAGUGACAGAGAACGCGAAGAAAAAGACUUGCAGCCUUCGCGCGGUGCUAUUAUCUCUAUUUUCUUUCCCUUUUUUCGCGACUUCCCUUUCCCGAAAAUCCGUUUGACGAAAAUACCGAAGAGGGAAGUCCCCGUACGGAAGCAUAGAAGUGGCGCUUUACGACCAAAGAAAGUUAUUUUAUAGGGCGCACGCCUUAUAAUCCUGUACAGAGCGCAUAAACUCUUGUUAAAACUUUUGUGCUUUUGUAGUGGAAAAAUGUAUAGUUAUGUAAGCCUAUGUAGUUGAGAAUCUGACACUCCAAGGACCCCUAGAUCUUAGUGAUAAGUAUGCGAAGAUUUUCAAGAGUAAUCCAACAAUCUUAAAAUUUAAUAUCAAGAAAAUAUGGCGUUUUAAAGUUAUAGAGCAUAUACAGAAAUCUUAAAUUAAUAAGAUCCAACUGUUUUGAAAUUGAAGAUCCAGAAAGUCAUCUAAAGUAGUAUUUCGUUCGAUGGAUUACGCGCAAUAAUAUAUCAACACAUGCCCAAUAAAUGCAUCUACUUAAAAAGAGCAAGCAUGGACGUUUAAACAAUAAAAUAUUUGUACAUUUCUAGAUGGAGUUAAUGCGUCCUGUUUCUUUGAUAGAUUACCAUUACUUAUCAUCAAAAUAUUAUAUCUACGUCUACAAAGAACAAGAAUGUCAUAGAAGAAGCGACGAUACACACGAUAUAACGAUAAAAAUAAACAUGCGCAGUAUAUCUGCGAUAAUUGAAACAAU